CGAAAAAAAAAAUCCAUGGAUCAGUGUGAGUACUGUAUACAGGCUGAAGAGAUCAACCGGUUAAGAACGCAGGUUCAAGAGUUGCAGGUUUUAUUGCUACAGGCCCACGGAGGGACACUCCCAGUUUCUAUUGGGGAGCCCUCAGAAAACUUGCAGUCUCUGAUGGAGAAGAACCACUCCCUUACAGAGGAGAAUGCAAAACCCAGCCGCAGCCUGAGCGAAGCAGCAAGUCAGAUUGCUCAGGUGUUGGAGAGUUACAUUGCGAAUGAAAAGAUCAACGCCAAACUUGAGGAGCUGCAGCAGCACCCUGUGACAAAACUCAACCUGCAGAAGUUACUUGAGACUCUGGAGGACCAAGAACUAAAACAGCUGGUGGAAUUAUUUUGUCAGCUGCAGGAACUGAUUACUCGCUUGACGAAUGAAAAUGCUAAUGGUGAUGCUGACAUGGAUACAUCUGACCAGGAUUCUUGUUAUAAUAGUGCUGUUUCAGAAGCUGAUCUGGAAGCCCAACGAUCCUCUGAUGAGUAUGCGACCCAGCAUGCCCUUCACCAGGCUCAGAUGUCAAAAGAGCUGCUGGAGCACAAUAAAGCCCUGGCUCUGAAGGAGGCCUUGGCGAGGAAGAUCUCUCAGAAUGACAGCCAGCUGGAGCCCAUACAGAGGCAAUACCAGAGCAACAUUAAGAAUUUGGAAGAAGUAGUUUCCAAACUGCAGAAGGAGAAAGAAGAGCUGAUCAUGGCACUUCACGUGUCCAAAAAGGAUGCCAACCAAGCAAAGCUGAGCGAGCAGCGUCGAAGGCGACUUCAGGACCUGGAAGGAGAAAUGACAGAUCUGAAGAAGAAACUGAAAGACCAGUCAAAGCUCCUGAAGAUGAAAGAAUCCAGUGAGCAGACAGUGCGCAAACUAAACCAAGAGAUCCGGAACGAUCUUGCGAAUGAAAUUGAGGUCCUUGUUAGUAUUGAAAAAGAUCAGCGCCACCUCAACGACCUUCUAGAAGACCGUAAAAAAUUGGCCAAGGAAAUCACAUCACUUAAAGAAAAGCAGGAGGCAGGGGAGAACCUUUCCGCAAAAAAAAAGAGGCGCACCUUCUCGCGCAAUGAUGCAGAUAUGAACUAUUCCCUCGCCAACCAAAUUCGGAGCCUGGAAACAGAGAUGGAGCUCAGGAGUGCCCAAAUUGCUGAUCUCCAACAGAAACUGCUGGAUGCCGACGCAGGAGACCGCACCAAGCAUCGCUGGGGGAGAAUCCACACCCUCCCAGAAGCCUAUUGUGCGAUCAAGUACCUGAUUGGCGAGCUUACCUCCUCCAAAGUAGAGUAUAGCAAACUGGAGAACCGCCUCAAGCAGAGCAAAACCUCAUGCGCCAACCUGCACAAAAUGCUGGCAGAGAAACAGAAAGUAGCCACCGAAAUGGAAGCAGAGUACGAAAGCCAGCUAGUCAAGAUGGAGCAGGAGCACCAAGAGAAGGUGCUGUACCUGCUCAGCCAGAUCAACCAUAAAGAAGAAACAGAGAAACGGCUCCUCAAACAGCUCCAAUUCCAGAAUCAAGAACUGUCAAGGAUGAGAGAAGUCUUUGAGAAGAACCAAGCGCUCUCUGAAGAGCUUGAUGUUGCCAAACAGAAACUGCUGCUGCUUCAAGUGGCCAGUGGGCAGAAGAUCCUCCGGAGCAUGCAUCCCGCUCUGGCAGAUGAACCGGACUCCCCCUUCAACUUCAUCCCACCCAAGCCCAAGCCCCACAGGCGAACUCCCGCAAGGUCUACAUUUGCGAUGCCAGAGGAAGACUCAACAUCCGAUUCGGAGGAUUUGGGAGGAGACACUGAAGAUGAUGAGUGGGUCCCAGCCAAACUUGCCAAGAAGACUGCUUUGGGGUGCUGCUGCAAAGGCGGUUGCAGAAACAGGAAGUGUGGCUGCCGGAAGCAAAAAGUGACCUGUUCUGAGGACUGUCGCUGCAAGGCCGAGGAGUGCUGGAACCGAGACAACUUUAUCUUGAAACAAGAACUGUCAAGGAUGAGAGAAGUCUUUGAGAAGAACCAAGCGCUCUCUGAAGAGCUUGAUGUUGCCAAACAGAAACUGCUGCUGCUUCAAGUGGCCAGUGGGCAGAAGAUCCUCCGGAGCAUGCAUCCCGCUCUGGCAGAUGAACCGGACUCCCCCUUCAACUUCAUCCCACCCAAGCCCAAGCCCCACAGGCGAACUCCCGCAAGGUCUACAUUUGCGAUGCCAGAGGAAGACUCAACAUCCGAUUCGGAGGAUUUGGGAGGAGACACUGAAGAUGAUGAGUGGGUCCCAGCCAAACUUGCCAAGAAGACUGCUUUGGGGUGCUGCUGCAAAGGCGGUUGCAGAAACAGGAAGUGUGGCUGCCGGAAGCAAAAAGUGACCUGUUCUGAGGACUGUCGCUGCAAGGCCGAGGAGUGCUGGAACCGAGACAACUUUAUCUUGAAUCAAGAACUGUCAAGGAUGAGAGAAGUCUUUGAGAAGAACCAAGCGCUCUCUGAAGAGCUUGAUGUUGCCAAACAGAAACUGCUGCUGCUUCAAGUGGCCAGUGGGCAGAAGAUCCUCCGGAGCAUGCAUCCCGCUCUGGCAGAUGAACCGGACUCCCCCUUCAACUUCAUCCCACCCAAGCCCAAGCCCCACAGGCGAACUCCCGCAAGGUCUACAUUUGCGAUGCCAGAGGAAGACUCAACAUCCGAUUCGGAGGAUUUGGGAGGAGACACUGAAGAUGAUGAGUGGGUCCCAGCCAAACUUGCCAAGAAGACUGCUUUGGGGUGCUGCUGCAAAGGCGGUUGCAGAAACAGGAAGUGUGGCUGCCGGAAGCAAAAAGUGACCUGUUCUGAGGACUGUCGCUGCAAGGCUGAGGAGUGCUGGAACCGAGACAACUUUAUCUUGAAUCAAGAACUGUCAAGGAUGAGAGAAGUCUUUGAGAAGAACCAAGCGCUCUCUGAAGAGCUUGAUGUUGCCAAACAGAAACUGCUGCUGCUUCAAGUGGCCAGUGGGCAGAAGAUCCUCCGGAGCAUGCAUCCCGCUCUGGCAGAUGAACCGGACUCCCCCUUCAACUUCAUCCCACCCAAGCCCAAGCCCCGCAGGCGAACUCCCGCAAGGUCUACAUUUGCGAUGCCAGAGGAAGACUCAACAUCCGAUUCGGAGGAUUUGGGAGGAGACACUGAAGAUGAUGAGUGGGUCCCAGCCAAACUUGCCAAGAAGACUGCUUUGGGGUGCUGCUGCAAAGGCGGUUGCAGAAACAGGAAGUGUGGCUGCCGGAAGCAAAAAGUGACCUGUUCUGAGGACUGUCGCUGCAAGGCCGAGGAGUGCUGGAACCGAGACAACUUUAUCUUGGAGGGGACACUCAUGGAGGGGCCAACAGGAGAUGCCAAGGACCUGGAAGACCCCACGCUGGUGGCAGCAGGGGACACUUUCUUUGCGCCCCCAGAGGUCACUCCCAACAGGAAGCGGACGCAGGCUCUGAGCAGCACCAGGCGGUGGUUCUCCGGCUGCACCCCGAUCAAGGAGGGCUUCUGAGCCGAAGGAAGCUCGAUCCUGUACUCAAGGCAGGCCCAGUCUUUUGUUAGUUUUAUAGCAUGUACAUUUUUUCUUGAG